AUGAGAGAGACUAGUGCGUAUUCACUUGGUUUCAGCUACCAGAGGCUGGUGCUACCUUUAUUCACGGUGCCAACGCAAAACGAACUCCGUCAAUCUCAAACGGAGCCCGACUUGCCCCCCUCAUACUCAGAAACACAAUUGGCUGAAAUACCCGCCCCGUAUACCGGAAUUAAGUCCUCGUAUUCUGUUCCGGAGUUGAAAACGACGAAAUGCUAUCGUGACUAUAAGGGCCGUCUGCGCCAGGUUCGAGUGGCGCAGUUUUUAGACCCUUCCACGAUGAAAUUUUAUGACGAAAUACUGAUUGUUCCUGAUAUCGUCCCAGAAUAUAUACAGGGCAUUGAGCCUCAUCGAGAAUCCAAUAUUUUAACGGUUCCUGUUCAAGCCCAUUCAUACAAUUUACGCUAA